UGCCCCAGUCCCGCUUCAUCAUGGAGAACAUCAGCACCACCAUCAUGACUGCAGAUGAUGAGCCAGGCUAUGACCCGAACUUAUUUUGCAUCCCUAAACGUUAUGCUCAAGAUCUGGAAAAAGUCCUCAUUCCUUAUGGACUAAUCCUGGACAGGACUGAACGUCUGGUACAAGAAGUGAUGAAGGAGAUGAGAGACCACCACAUAGCUAUCCUCUGUGUCCUCAAGGGUGGUUACAAAUUCUUUGCUGAUUUUCUGUAUUAUAUCAAGUUAGUGAACAGGAAUAGAGAUCAAUCAAUUCCUCUGACUGUAGAUUUUAUCAGAAUGAAAAGCUAUUGCAAUGACCAGUCAACAGGGGACAUAAAAGUGAUUGGGGAAUAUGAUUUCUCCACCUUAACUGGAAAGAAUGUCCUGAUCAUUGAAGAGAUAAUUAAUACAGGGAAAACAAUUCAGACUUUGCUUUCCCUGGUCAAGCAGCAUAAUCCAAAGCAGGUGAAAGUAGCCAGCUUGUUGUUGAAAAGGACCCCACAAAGUAUGGGAUACAGACCCGACUUUGUGGGAUUUGAAAUUCCAGACCAAUUUGUUGUUGGCUAUGGCCUGGAUUACAAUGAAUUUUUCAGGGACUUAAAUCAUGUCUGUGUCAUCAGUGAGGUUGGCAAAGACAAGUACAAAGCAUGA